CCCAUCCGGGAGUACAUCAUGGGCCAUGUGCGGCACCCGCGGAAUGUGAAGAAGAUCAAAGGGAACCUGCUGUGGUACCGGCACCUCGAGGAGAUUCAGCGAGGGGCGGGGUCAAGCACGCCUUAUAUGGAAGUGCAUGAGGCCUUGGAGCAGGUAAGGGCGGAGCUUAAAGUGAUGGGCGGGGCCGUGGGCGAGGCCGGGGCAGCGGUGCUGGAGCUGGAAGAGGCACUGGGGGCGGAGCGUCGCCGAGGGGCGGAGCUUCGCGCCCUGGGGGCGGAGUCGGCGCAGGAGGGGCUGUGGCUGCGGAGGGAGCGGGCCCAGAUAAGCUCCGCCCACUCGGAGCCGGGGCCAAAGGUGGGACUAACGUCGAAAUUGGCGGCCGUGUGCAAGCUGCGGGAGGAGGCCCUGGAGGAGCUUAUGAGGGGGAAGGGGCGGGGCUACCGGAAGGGGUAUCCCAAAAUCAGCCCUGACCUUGACCCCAACCCUGACCCUGAUGCUCAGCCCCCUAUGAAGACCCUCAUACAGGACUGCUGGGUGGAUGUGGGGGGACUCUGGGAUCUCCACUCCUUGGCUUCCCGCCUGUCCCCCCUGAAGCUCCGGCUCCUCCAGCUGCCGGUGGAGAUCCCGCAGCGCCUGGAGGGGGACCCCAAAGCCCAGCAGGCUGCCAGGUCGAUGCUGGAGGCCGCAGGGCUCUCAGGGGCUCGGGACGCCCUGAUCAAGCAGGUCCUGGAGCUACGGGGCAGCCCCAUGGACUCCCCAGAAGCUGCCCUGGGGCCACUGAGGAGGCAGCUGCAGGAGGGGAAGCAGCGGCUGUCCCGCCGCUGGAUCCAGCUCCGGGCUCUGGCCGCAUCCAAUGGGAAGCUCCGGGCGCAGCUGUGCCCCCUGCAGGCCCAGGCCCGAGGAGCUGUGCGGCUCCCCCCAGGGCUGCAGGGGGAAGGGCAGCGGCUGCAGGUAGCGCUGAGCAUGCUGGGAAAGGAGAGAGUGCCCCUCCCCCCGAGCCCCGCCCACUGCCCACUGCAGCCAAUCAGACCUGCCCUAGGAAUGUCAGAGAGUGAGCCCCCACAGGGGGCGCUGUUGCGGGCGGCAGAGCUGCAGGGGGAGCUGGAACAGCUGCAGGAGGUGAGGUCAGCACAAGGGGCGUGGUCAGCGCAAGGGGCGGGACCCGGGAAGCCCCGCCCACCCCGCGCACCCGCGGAGGGCGUGGCCAUCGCCGAGCUCCUCCCCCAGCUGCAGGCGCUGUCCAUUCGGGUCCAGCAGUGCCUCGAGGGCUGGCCCCACCUCCAGGACGUCAUCAGCCAAUGGUGGGAGCAGCCGGCUCAGUGGAUACCGGCCACCCCCCCCAGCAACAUCCCCUUCUCCCAUUGGCUGAAGCGCUGGUCCCAGGCCACCCGUACCCUAAACUUGCACCGCCCCCUCCCCUUAGCGCCGCCCACCAGCGACAAGGAAGGGCGUGACCAGAGCAAGCCCCACCCCUGAGCCUCGGUUUCAUCAGAUGCUCCUAUUGGAUGGGGUGCAGGAGGCAGGGCUUGG